UUUCUCGUUUCUUACGCCUUAACACAAUGUCUGAAACGGCUCCUAUCGCGCCGUCUGCUCCGGCCCCCGCGGAAAAGUCGCCGGCUAAGAAAAAGGCCAAGAAGGUGGCGACGGGCGGAGCGCGGCGCAAGGCCGCGGGUCCCUCGGUGUCCGAGCUGAUCACCAAGGCGGUGGCGGCGUCCAAGGAGCGCAACGGGGUGUCCCUGGCCGCGCUGAAGAAGGCGCUGGCCGCCGCCGGCUACGACGUGGAGAAGAACAACAGCCGCAUCAAGCUGGGGCUCAAGAGCCUGGUCGCCAAAGGCACCUUGGUGCAGACCAAAGGCACCGGCGCCUCGGGCUCUUUCAAGAUCAACAAGAAGACGGCCGGCUCCGAGGACAAGGACAAGCCCAAAGCCAAGAAACCGGCGGCCGCGGCUAAGCCCAAGAAAUCCGCCAGCGCUACCAAGAAACCCAAGAAGCCGGUGGCUUCUGGGACCAAAAAGAGCGUGAAAAAGACCCCGAAGAAGGCCAAAAAAGCGGCAGCUGGAGCCAAAAAAGCGGCCAGGAGCCCGAUGAAGGCCAAAACUGCAAAGCCCAAGAAAACAGCCAAGAGUCCGGCCAAGCCCAAGGCGGUAAAGCCCAAAGCUGCCAAGCCCAAGGCCGCAAAACCCAAAGCUGUCAAACCCAAAAAGGCAGCGGCGCCCAAGAAAAAAUAA